GAGGAAACUUAUAUAUUAAAGCAGGGUUAAGGCUGGAGUUAUGAGGGUGGGGGCUGCAGCCUUGGCUGGGGGAAUUUUUGGGGUAAUAGGGACUCUGUGUUUCUUCCUGGCAUUUGGUACUGACUACUGGCUGGUAGCAAGUGACAACUGUGGACCAUAUACAUGGCCAACAGAGCCAACGCUUACUGGGGAUAAAGAUGCCAACGGGACCGAGAUGCAGUCAGUGGAAGCAGUGAGUGCCUCGCCUCCUUCCCUCACUCUGCACCACGAGGGCUUUUUCUGGCGCUGUGCGUUUCAGGUGGAGCCCACAGCACACGCGGUCCUGGCCACUCUCUUCACAAACCAGCCAGAGUCUAAGGUUUGCAUCCAUGGUUACCUCUUCCCAUUACCUGUUGCACUUGGACAAGUUCCUCAUCCAAAUUAUGACCCUACAGCAGUGUUUCGGGGCUUCUGGACCGUGCUGAUAAUCCUCGGACUCGUCUUAGCUCUGGCUGGAGGCUUCCUCUUAGUCUGUGGCGUUCCUUUCAUCAGCCACAAGCUCUACAAGCUGGGCGGGGCCUUCCUCAUAGCUGCUGCCUGCUUGUUCCUGUUCACGCUUCUGCUCUACGUACUGUGGAUGGAGGUGGUGGAUGUGAGGAGCUACAUCCUGCAGGAGAGGGGAGAAUCAUGUCCGAACGCAGAGGUUUCAGUGCUCUAUGGUCUGUCGUUCAUGGUGGCGGCUGCUGGAGUGCCUCUGGAGCUCAUCUCUGGGUUGGUCUUCAUGCUGGUGGGCCGUGCGAUCCAUGCCAGCAAGUGACCUGACUGGAUCACAGAGGAGGACUAGCCUUUUUAGGUCCUGCACUGGACUGGGCAACACACUUGUUGGAUGUAAAUACUGGAAAGACUAACAUUAUUUUGGAUGUUCUGGAAGUUUUCUAUCACUUGCUUUGCGUAAUUUCUUUAAAAAUCACUGUUUACUUAAAUUUAUUAUCACAACAAGUCGCUGCUGUGUUUUAUUAAUGCCGCAAAUGAUAAGCAGAAGGUGAGAAGUGCACAGAUGAACCAGCCAUGCCCUGAUUUUGGCGCAUGAUCAAAGUGUGUUAGCUGCAGCAGAGUGAGGAGGGAGGCCGGAAUGGCUGGAUGGA